AUAAUAUGUCGCACAUAAAAUCCCAGAAACCUUCAUGAAACAAGCAUGCACCUCCCCAAAGCUUGCACAAAUGAAUAUUUUUGAAAGCAUUUUACACACAUUUUUGCUGUAAAUAUGCUAAACUAUACAUGUAUUUUUUAGAUUGAAAUUUUUAAGAAAAAGGGAAGAAUUUUCCAUAGUUUUUUUUUGGAAAAAAUCUAAAUUGAGAUUUUUUGAUUUUUGUUCUCAAUUUUUAAUAAAAAAUAAAACGAAAACAAAACAAUUUUUGAAAAAAAAUCACGCACGAACCGUUAAAUCCAAAUAACACCACACCACCGUAAAUGACUGAAACCGAUGAUGAAGCGCAGCGUCGACGAGAGGAAUGUGAACGCAAAGCCCGUCGAGGUGAAAUGGAUCCUCGUCUGGAAUUCACAUUUCAGCUGUUGAUUGAUGGGACAGCUUUGCCCCGACAUCAAUUGAUGGACUACAUUUUUGAAGGGGACAUGUUGGAUGAAAUAAAUCAACUCUUCCUGCCCAACAUGAAGAACAAACUCUUAUGGUUCUACCAAGAAGUAGACGAACCGGAAACUCAAACUGUUCCCGAUGCUAAUAAGCCAGGUCCAUCAAGAGCCGGGGGUGUUUCGACCAGCUCAAAAACUCCUCAAGGUGUUUCACCUUCGGGUAGUAAUCCGAAACCGAAGAAAUUAUUUCUCACCGAUGGUUGGACGUGCGCCUUUACAGGCGUUUGCAUCUACAUUUUUAGGAUUAACACUUCAAAACAAUUGCCCGAAGAAGGAUUUCAAAAGGAUUUGUAUUGUGGUGUGAUUGAUGCCAAAAACAUCGGCUUAGUAACAUCAAUCGAACGCAUUGUCGAAUAUGUAUUCAUGCAAGCUUUGGCUUUUCCAAGUCUUGAGGGUGACGACGAAGAUGUCAGCUGUGGCCUCAUAAAGGGUCAACUAUUGCCAGGAUUAAGAUCGUUUUGCAGUGCACUUCGUGUUUGUGAACAAGUUUGUGAUCAUUACAAUGUUUUUGCCGAUGGAGCGGGAAUGUUCGAAAAAAUUGACGAAAUCGAAGAGGUCAAAGAAAUGGCUAAAAAUCAAGAGUUCUGUUUGCAAUUGGAAGAAAGAGUUGCCAAUUGGAUAAAGGCAAUAAUGAAGAUUCUUGGUGAAAGUGAACAAUUGAGAAUGGAAAACGAUCAUAGCGGACCACAGGACGAAUUGGAAUAUUGGAAGAAGAGAGGAGCACAAUUUUCACAAUUGUUGGCACAUUUACAGGACAAAGAAGUUCAAUUUACUCUGCAUUGUUUGUUUCUUGCUGGAUCAAGAAUUAUGCGUCACUGGAAAAUCACUGAUCGCAAAAUUACGUUUUGCUAUAAUGAAGCACGAGAUAAUUCGAAAUUUAUUCAAGCAAUGGAGUCAUGCUGUCACUCUUUAUAUUUAGAUGAUCCGGUCUGCAUGAAAGAAUCAAUAUUGAGUCUUCUUCAAACAGUUCGUCUAAUUUACAGUGUUUCACAGUUUUACAACACAUCCGAACGGACAUCUGCACUUAUGGUUAAGAUAACUAAUCAAAUGAUAGAAACUUGCAAAUCAUACAUCACAUGUCGAAGUAAGGAAACAAUUUGGUCUCAAGACCGCAAUGUUAUUCGCACAAAACUAGGCAACUGUAUAAAAUUAAAUCACAUCUACCACGAAACUUACUAUACCGUACGCGAGCAACCAUUUCUCCCAAAUCAGACACCAUUUGGAUUUUCGGAAAAUUUUGUUUUUGGUAAAUUUGACACAUUCUGCGAUCGCCUAUCAAAAAUCAUUUCAAUGUUCAAUCUCAUCGAUGACUAUAAUCAUCUAUUUGAAAGGAGACUCGAAGGACUAUUACUUGGCGAAGCUCUUGAAGAAGCUUCGACAGCUUUCGAAGAAGCCAAGAAAGAAAUUCUCUCAAAAAAAUACGAUUAUCUUGACCAUCGCAAUUCCGAUUUCAAUGAGGAUUUUGACAGAUUCAUCGGAAAAACUGACACUUUGAAAGAUACUAUUGCAAGCUUGAUUGAAACGAAUUUCGAUACAGUUUGGGAGACUCCACAGUGUAUUAGGUUUUUGGUGAGAUUUGAGAAGGUCAGCGAAAAAAUACCGUUAUCCAAAAUGGAUGACAAAUAUCAGCGGAUUUUGAAAUAUUGUGAUAAGGAGAUCGAUAGAAUUUUAAAAUUGUUUCGCAAACAACGAGAUGAUCCACCGGUUCCCAGAAAUUUCCCACCAAUUGCAGGCCGCCUGAGAUGGUGCCGGGCGUUGGACUGUCAUUUGAAUGAACUUAUGAUGGAAAUAUCUGACCAUUUGGUUCUACAGACCCUACCGCUGACAAAGGACCUCGAGAACAAGUACAAAUCUGUUCAGGGAAUAUUGAUGGAAUAUGAGAAGGAUAUUAUUUCUAUAUGGUUGGAUCAGGAUGUUAGUGUAGCAGACGCAUGCCUCAUUCAACCAGUUCUCUGUCUACAAGGAGAACGUUUAUUUGUAAAUUUGCAUCCUACAAUUCCUCUGCUUAUACGGGAAGCUAAAGCUCUUGCUAAGCUCGAUGUGGAGCUACCAAUUGUUGCAGCAACCUUAAUGUGCCGCCAAAAUUAUUUCACCACCAUCCAGGAUUCUCUUAAUAGCCUCAUUAAGAUGUUCCUAACAACAGUGAAAGCAGUUAAACUAGAAGUUCGUCCAUUGUUCCUGCCGCAAUUGGUGCGCCUUACGGCGAUGCUGCAGCCCGGAUUGAGCACAAUAAAUUGGACACACCACAAUUGGACUGAAUUCUAUGAACGCUGCAAACAAGCAAUCGAGACUUUUGAAGUUUUAGUAGCUCGAGUUCAUGAUAUCUAUUCGAAUAGGAUAUUAAAUGUUUUAAUGUCAAUGCAGGAUGUGUCGCUUCAGAUACUGCCGUGUGAUGAUGAGAUUUGGACGGUUGAUGAGUUCCUAGAGAAGAGCGAGGAAGCAUGCAGAAAAGCUGCAAUCGAAUUAAAUCGCAAAAGUCAAAUGGUUUCCGAAGCUGUAGAAGAAGUCCUUAGCUUAGUUGACAAGGCUACAGCGACAUUCAAAGAAAUCGCCGGUAAUGAUGUGGUAACAUUAUUCGAUGCUACUCCAAAAGAUCAACAAUCAUCGGCAAAGUCCAGUGGUGAUAAGGAAGGUAACCAACAACAAGACUGGAGUAUAUUGUGGUCUUGUUUCGAGAAUCCACUUUCACUGCUCUCGACCAGUGAGAGUUUACCGAAAGGGAUGCAGGACAUGGUUUGCAAUGCGGUUGUGGAAAUGCGUCGUUAUUAUAGCAGAAAAGUAAUCGAUGUCCUCAUUAAGGUUAUACGAGCUGCUUUGGACAUGAUACGACGACGCUUUAUCCCCGAGGACGACAUCAAUAGUGACACAGCAGUUGUGUCAAAGAAACCAAUUUUGGCCCUAAAUGCCAUUCUCAUGAUACCCCAUGUUACCAUAAAACCCAGUAUCGAUGAACUCCAAGAGAUGGUAAUUACUGUCGGCAAAAAUAUAACCGGAAUUUCCAAGGGUGUAGCCCAAUGGACCAGUGGCAGGGACAGUCAAUUAGCUACAAAUACGGUGAAUCCACGAGUAAGUCGACAUCAACCGGAUGACAAAAGAGGCAGACGUCGAAAAAUCUACUGUUUGGCAUCGGAGGAACGUCCACAAAUGCCUCAUAUGCUGAAGAGUUUCUAUAGCUCGAUUAUGGACAAUAAGGAGGUGGUGAGGGCAUUGUCACUUCUCUCGAACUGUACGAAAAAUGUCAAGCCUGAAAUUCAAGCCUACAUCAAACGCUGGAAACCAUAUCAUUUUUUGUGGAAGAACGACAGGACAACCCGUCAGCUAAUGGAAUUCGGAUUGCAGGAGUUUGAGACUUCAUUACGUUGUUUGGCUGAACUGGAUGCUAAUCUGUUGGUCGAGCCUGACAUCGAGGUAUUUGGGCAGUGUAUAGCGGUCUACAAUGAGAGAUUAAAAUACGGCCUUGCCAUCGAAAUUAAAACCUGCAACCACAAAAUUGGUCAAGCCAUGAAGAAGAAAUACAAAAAAGAAAUGGACUAUGUUUAUGCCGUAAUAAAUGAAAUGGAUCGCAAGCUUGAUCGAUCAAUUCGUGAUUUAGACGAUGUUCGUAUGAUAAUGGAGACAUUAGGUAAAAUCCGUGAACAAGAAGUUGAUAUGGAAAUGCGUAUUGACCCUAUUGAGGAAGCUUUCAAUGUUCUUACACGUUACGAAGUUCAAGUUGAACGUGAACAAUUCGAUUUGGUUGAUAAUCUUCGAUCGACUUUUCAAAAUCUGCAGGCAUGUGCAUUGCAAGCUCAAGUCAAGCUUCUCGAUAUGCAACCGACUUUCCAGGGUGACCUGAAGACAAAUCUACAGAACUUCCGACAAGAUAAAAUCGACUAUGUGAACGAGUAUCGAAAUGCCGGACCUAUGCAACCAGGUUUGACACCACGUGAAGCCUCGGAUCGCUUGAUUUUGUUUCAAAAUCGAUUUGAGGGCAUGUGGCGUAGGUUGCAGACUUAUCAAAGCGGAGAAGAGCUCUUUGGCUUACCACAGACGGAUUACCCUGAGUUGGGUCAGAUUAGAAAAGAACUCAAUUUACUUCAAAAACUCUAUAAGCUCUAUAACGAUGUCAUAGACAGAGUUAGUAGCUACUACGACAUCCCAUGGAAUGAGGUCGACAUUGAGGAGAUCAACAACGAAUUGAUGGAGUUUCAAAACCGCUGUCGGAAACUUCCCAAGGGUCUUAAGGAAUGGCCAGCUUUCCAUGCCCUUAAAAAGACCAUCGAUGACUUUAACGAUAUGUGUCCUCUGCUCGAGCUAAUGGCUAACAAAGCUAUGAAACCACGUCAUUGGCAACGAAUCAUGGACGUGACUCAGUACAUUUUUGAAUUUGACAGUGAGGGUUUCUCGCUGAAGAAUAUCUUGGAGGCUCCUCUACUGAAACACAAGGAAGACAUCGAGGACAUUUGUAUAUCGGCGAUGAAAGAAAAGGACAUUGAAGCCAAGCUGAAACAGGUGACGAACGAGUGGUCUGUGCAUGAGUUGCAAUUUAUGAGUUUCAACAAUCGUGGGGAACUGCUUCUGCGAGGUGAUACGACCGCAGAGACUAUCGGUCAGCUUGAAGACAGUCUCAUGAUUCUUGGUUCUCUGCUGUCCAAUCGAUAUAAUGCUCCAUUCCGUAAACAGAUUCAACAGUGGGUGUACGAUUUGUCCAACUCAAACGAGAUCCUUGAACGAUGGCUGUUGGUUCAGAAUAUGUGGGUCUACCUUGAAGCUGUGUUUGUCGGAGGAGACAUAGCUAAACAACUGCCCAAGGAGGCUAAGCGUUUCUCGAAAAUUGAUAAAUCCUGGCAAAAAAUCAUGCAAAGAGCCCAUGAAACCCCUGGAGUUGUCGCCUGUUGUGUCGGAGAUGACCUGCUCAAACAACUACUACCACAUCUCCAGGAACAGCUUGAGAUCUGUCAGAAGUCCUUAAGUGGCUAUCUGGAGCGCAAACGAAUGAUGUUCCCUCGCUUCUUCUUCGUCUCUGAUCCAGCUCUACUGGAGAUUCUCGGGCAAGCAUCGGAUUCCCAUACAAUCCAGAAUCAUCUUCUAUCAAUUUUCGACAAUACUCGCCAUGUUCGCUUUCAUGAUAUCGAAUACAAUAAAAUGAUGGCCAUAAUGUCGUGUGAGGGCGAAUCAAUUCAGCUAGAUCGAGCAAUUCGGGCUGAAGGCUCUGUCGAGACAUGGCUAACGCAACUACUGGUAACCGCACAACAAUCCUUGCACUCGAUUAUCAGGACUGCCUAUGCAUCUAUAAACGAUCCGAAUUUUGCCUUGGUGGCAUUUUUGGAAAAAGUCCCGGCCCAAGUUGGUCUCUUAGGGAUUCAGAUGAUUUGGACGCGAGAUGCUGAGAUGGCAUUGAUGCAGGCCAGACAUGAGAGGAAGGUCAUGUCGGAAACAAAUAAUAAAUUCUUGGAAUUGCUGAAUACUCUUAUCGAUCAGACAACGAGGAAUUUAACAAAAAUCGAAAGGACAAAUUUUGAAACUUUGAUUACGAUUCAUGUCCAUCAGAGGGAUAUUUUUGAUAUUUUGUGUCGAAUGAACAUCAAAUCGGCAAAUGAUUUUGAAUGGCUGAAACAGUGCAGAUUCUAUUUCAAAGAAGAUCUAGACAAAACGUGGAUUUCCAUAACAGACGUCACAUUCACCUAUCAAAAUGAGUACUUGGGCUGUACGGAUAGGCUGGUCAUCACUCCAUUGACUGACAGAUGCUACAUUACUCUGGCUCAGGCAUUAACCCUUAGCAUGGGUGGGAGUCCAUGUGGCCCGGCGGGAACUGGCAAAACUGAAACUGUCAAGGAUAUGGGCAAGACAUUAGCUAAAUAUGUGGUCGUAUUUAAUUGCUCCGAUCAAAUGGAUUACAGGGGUUUGGGACGAAUCUAUAAGGGACUUUCACAAUCCGGAACUUGGGGUUGUUUUGAUGAAUUUAAUCGUAUUGAGUUACCUGUUCUGUCAGUAGCAGCACAACAAGUUGCAGUCGUCCUUACGGCGAAGAAAGAAAAAAAGAAGUCAUUUGUAUUCACAGAUGGCGACACAAUUGAAAUGAAUCAGGAAUUUGGAAUUUUUAUUACGAUGAAUCCCGGCUAUGCUGGUCGGAAAGAACUACCGGAGAAUCUAAAAAUCCAAUUUCGUACCGUUGCUAUGAUGGUUCCCGACCGACAAAUCAUCAUUCGUGUCAAACUAGCAUCGUGUGGAUUUUUGGAGAACAUAACACUGGCAAGAAAAUUCUACACUCUAUACAAAUUAUGCGAGGAACAAUUGACAAAACAGGUGCAUUAUGACUUUGGGUUAAGGAACAUCCUGUCGGUGCUGCGAACAUUGGGUGCUUCGAAACGUAGCAAUUCCAAAGAUAGCGAGAGUACGAUAGUUAUGCGGGUGCUGAGGGACAUGAAUCUGUCUAAAUUGAUUGACGAAGAUGAGCCUUUAUUUAUGUCUCUUGUAUCGGAUUUGUUUCCCAAUCAGACUUUGGAGAAGACAAAUUACCCAGAGUUAGAAACGGCGAUAGCCCAACAAGCUGAUGAAGCUGGAUUGGUGUAUCAUCCGCCAUGGGUGUUGAAACUGAUUCAGUUGUAUGAAACACAAAAGGUGCGACAUGGUAUUAUGGCAUUGGGUCCAAGUGGUGCUGGCAAGACCACCUGCAUUCACACCCUCAUGAAGGCUAUGACCCAGAUGGGUACCGUCCAUCGGGAGAUGAGAAUGAAUCCGAAGGCUAUAACUUCAGCUCAGAUGUUUGGGCGAUUAGAUGUUGCGACAAAUGAUUGGACCGAUGGAAUAUUCUCAGCUCUCUGGCGAAAAACAUUAAAGAGCAAGGGCGGGGAGAAUAUUUGGCUGGUGCUGGACGGACCGGUAGACAGUAUUUGGAUUGAAAACUUGAACUCAGUACUCGAUGACAAUAAGACUCUGACAUUGGCAAAUGGUGAUCGUUUAGUGAUGGCACCAACCUGUAAAAUUAUCUUUGAGCCUCAUAACAUUGACAACGCAUCGCCGGCUACAGUUUCCCGAAAUGGAAUGGUCUACAUGAGUUCUUCGGGACUGGAUUCAAGACCAAUUGUUCAAGCUUGGCUCAAGUCUCGCUCGCCUGGUGAGAAGACCGUGUUUAGCGACCUUUUUGAGCAGUCUUUUUUGUCCAUAUUUAAUUGGGGCACACAGAAUUUGAAAUUGCUGAUGUCGGUAUUGCAGUGUAAUAUUGUGCAACAGAUGUUAUUUAUCUUGGAAGGCUUGGUACCUGUUAAGAAAGACGAGGAAGGCGCUGCUAGCAUGUCCAGCAAGGACAGUCAAGAAGGUAAAACAGCCGAAGCAAAGGCUGCAUCAGCUACCACCGUCAAAGCUACUGCUAAACCUAGUGAUAAAGCUGUUUCACAAGGUUCAGCUGGAGUUAAGUCUGCUACAGGUUCGACUGGAACUAAGUCCACAGCAAGUUCGGCUGGAUCUAAACCCGCUGACCCAGCUACAGCUCCGUCAUCGGCUAAAGGGGCUGCAGCUGUAGCGGCCCCUACAGCAGCUCCAGCAGUAGAGCAAUCAAAGGAUGAUAACCGGCGACUUUCAAACGCCAGUGAGGGCGAUGAAAUCCCAGAGGAAGUGAAAUCCGACGAAAAGGAAGAUACCUGUACCCCCGAACAUCUACACCGGUUGUAUAUUUUUUCAAUUGCCUGGGGACUAGGUGGAUAUCUUAACUCAGCGGACCGUUGCAAGCUUGAUGCCUAUGUCAAAGAGACUUUCCCCCAUUUCGAUUACCCCAAGAUGAAGGGGCAAGAGAGUACGAUAUUUGAUUUUUUCGUAUCGCCCACUGGAAUGUGGCAAUCGUGGAAGACACUAGUCACCCCCUAUAUGUAUCCGGAGGUAUCAACACCAGAUUAUCUGAGUAUCUUGGUGCCGAUAGUGGAUAACGUCCGGAUUGACUAUCUUAUCGGGACUAUUGCUAAUCAGGAGAGAGCUGUGAUGCUGAUUGGUGAACAGGGAACCGGCAAGACGGUGAUGAUGAAAAACUUCAUGAAGAAAAUGAAUCCGGAAUCGUAUAUGGGAAGGUCAUUCAAUUUCUCAUCCGCAACAAGUCCUUAUCAGUUUCAGCGAACCAUAGAGAGCUAUGUAGAGAAGCGCGUUGGAGUGACUUUUGGUCCGCCGGGAGGACGGAAACUUAUUGUCUUCAUCGACGAUAUCAACCUUCCCGAGAUCAAUGAAUGGGGUGACCAGAUUACCAAUGAGAUAGUUCGUCAAACCAUGGAUAUGAAAGGUUUCUAUAGUCUGGAGAAGCCUGGGGACUUUACGACUGUUGUUGAUGUUCAGUAUGUUGGGGCGAUGGGUCUUCCUGGUGGAGGACGCAAUGAUAUACCUUCGAGGUUGAAACGACAGUUCAGCGUAUUUAAUUGCAAUAUCCCAGACAAUGAGUCCAUUGACAAGAUAUUCAGGGUUGUUGGCGAGGGUCAUUACAAUAACAAACGUGGCUUCGCUCCAGAGGUUCGAAACCUUGUCAAAAAGUUGAUCUUUAUAACCCGAUACAUCUGGCAGCGUACGCGGGAGAAUCUUCUCCCCACUCCGGCUAAGUUCCACUAUGUUUUCAGUCUGAGGGAUUUGUCGAGAAUCUGGCAAGGUAUGGUGGGAACUCUGUCCACAGUUAUAACAGCGGAAAGUGUAAUGAUGUCGCUUUGGAAACAUGAAUGCACCAGAGUUUUUGCAGAUCGUUUUACAACGGUUCAAGACAAGGAAUGGUUUAGCGGUGAGUUGGUGAGUUUGGUCCGCAAUGAACUUAGUGAAGCUCACGUGGAAAUGAUCGGGCCAAGUCCUGUGUUUGUGGAUUUCAUGCGGGACGCUCCAGAACCCACAGGUGAAGAGGGAGAAGAUGCUGAUAUGGAAUUGCCUAAGGUCUACGAGCCGGUUAGUUCCCAUGAAGUUCUGCGGGAAAGGUUGUUUAUGUUCUUGGCGCAGUUCAAUGAAAUGGUAAGAGGGUCUGGAAUGGAUUUAGUCUUCUUCCCCGAUGCUAUGUUGCAUUUAGUUAAGAUCUCUCGCAUCAUCAGACAUCCAAGAGGAAACGUAAUGUUGGUUGGAGUUGGUGGAUCUGGCAAGCAGUCACUCACUAAGUUGGCAUCGUUCAUUGCCGGAUACAAAACAUUCCAGAUAAGUCUGACUCGAUCCUACAAUGUCGCCAACUUCUUGGAAGAUUUGAAGCUUUUGUAUAGGACAUGCGGUGUUCAAGGAAAAGGUACCACUUUUCUGUUCUCUGAUUUGGAUAUCAAGGAGGAAGGUUUCCUAGAAUAUUUGAAUAAUAUUCUGUCAUCGGGAGUGAUCUCGAACUUAUUCACUCGAGACGAACAAGCUGAGAUAGUUCAAGAACUGACGCCAGUUAUGAAACGUGAAAAUCAGCGCAAGACUGCCACUCCGGAAAGUGUUAUGGAGUUCUUUUUAGCUAGAACGUGCACCAAUCUCCAUGUGGCUUUCUGUUUCUCUCCAGUUGGGGAGACUUUCAGGGCUAGAGUUCAAAGAUUCCCGGCACUAGUAUCAGGAUGUACUAUCGAUUGGUUUCAACCAUGGCCCAAGGACGCUCUCAUCUCAGUGGCUCAACAUUUUCUGAAUGAUUUCGAAAUUGAGUGCACACCAGCGGUGAAAAAGGAACUAGUCACCGCUUUGGGAUCAAUACAAGAUGUCGUUUCUGAGACCUCUGUGGAAUACUUCCAAAGAUUCCGUAGGGCCACACAUGUUACUCCUAAGUCUUAUCUGAACUUUAUUGCCGGGUAUAAGAACAUUUAUCAACAAAAACAAAAAGAAUUGGGUGAUGGAGUUGAGAAGAUGGACACAGGUUUGGAGAAGCUCAAGGAAGCAUCAGCGUCAGUGGAGAUUUUAAAGAAAGACCUGGCUGUAAUGGAGCAAGAGCUUGUAGAAGCUUCAAAAAAAGCUGAAUCUGUACUCGUCGAAGUGACUGAACGUGCAAUGCAAGCUGAAAUUGUGAAAAAUCAGGUUAUGAUUGUCAAGGAAAAGGCUGAAGCUUUAGUGGCGUGCAUCGCGAAUGAGAAGGCACUAGCUGAAGAGAAGCUCGAAGCUGCGAAACCAGCUCUCGAGGAAGCUGAAAACGCCCUUAACACUAUUAAACCAGCUCAUAUCGCCACUGUGAGGAAAUUGGGACGUCCUCCGCAUCUGAUUAUGCGAAUCAUGGACUGUGUGUUGAUUUUGUUCAAAAGAAAGUUGCAUCCGUGUAUCCCUGAUGCUGCCACUCCAUGCCCAAAGCCGUCUUGGCAGGAGUCCUUAAAGAUGAUGGCGAGUGCAACAUUCCUUCUCCAAUUGCAAAACUACCCCAAGGAUACUAUCAACGAUGAAAUGAUUGACUUGUUGCAACCCUACUUUCGAAUGGAGGACUACAACAUGGACAUGGCACGACGAGUUUGCGGUGACGUUGCUGGUUUGCUUUCAUGGACAAAAGCCAUGGGAUUUUUUCAUAGUGUGAACAAAGAAGUCUUGCCGUUGAAGGCAAAUCUCACAAUGCAGGAAGCGAGAUUGAAGCUUGCCAUGGAUGACUUAGCCGGGGCUGAGGAACAAUUACGCGAACGUGAGGAUGCAUUGCAGCAAGUUAAAAAUCAGUAUGACAAAGCUGUGGGCGAGAAGCAACGUCUAACGGAUGCAGCAAAUGUUUGUUUGCGUAAAAUGACAGCGGCAACCGCCCUAAUCAACGGACUGACAGAUGAGAAACACCGCUGGACAAAUCAAAGUAAGGAAUUUAAAAUUCAAUUAGGAAAACUGGUGGGCGAUGUUCUUUUGGCAACCGGAUUUCUAUCGUACUGCGGUCCCUACAAUCAGGAGUUCCGCACAAACCUAAUCAAAACUUGGAUGACAAUUCUAAAGCAACGCGUCAUUCCGUUUACAUUGAAUUUAAAUAUCACAAAUAUGCUGGUAGACUCGUCGACAGUUUCGGAGUGGACUUUGCAGGGCUUGCCCAACGAUGAGUUGUCUGUUCAGAAUGCCUUGAUUGCCACCAAGUCGAGUAGUUACCCAUUGUUGGUUGACCCCCAGAGUCAAGGAAAGAUAUGGAUUAAGUGCAAGGAGGAUAAGAAUGAACUGCAGAUAACGUCGCUUAACCACAAGUAUUUUAGGACUCAUCUGGAAGAUUCUUUGUCGUUGGGACGGCCUCUGCUCAUCGAGGAUGUGGGAACAGAGCUCGAUCCGGUGAUUGAUAAUGUUUUGGAGAAGAACUUCAUCAAGUCGGGAAGUAUCGAAAAGGUGCUCGUCGGUGACAAAGAGUGUGACGUCAUGCCGGGUUUCAUGCUCUACAUCACAACAAAGCUUCCUAACCCGGCUUUUAGUCCCGAGAUGAGUGCAAAAACCUCAAUUAUCGAUUUCACUGUGACCAUGCGUGGCUUGGAGGACCAGCUUUUGGGUCGAGUAAUUCUCAUGGAAAAAUCUGAUCUGGAAGCUGAACGAGUUGCCCUAUUUGAAACUGUCAUGCAAAAUCAGCGGAACAUGAAGGAGCUCGAAGCAAAUCUGCUGUACCGUUUGAGUUCCUCCCAAGGCUCUUUGGUCGACGAUGAAGCUCUGAUUGAAGUACUUCGUGUGACUAAAUCCACAGCCGAAGAAGUAAAUCAAAAAUUGAAGAUAUCCGAAAUCACCGAAAAGAAGAUCAUGAAAGCUCGUGAAGAAUAUCGUGCUGUAGCAGCUCGAGGGUCGAUCCUCUACUUUUUGAUCACUGAAAUGAGUAAUGUCAAUGUCAUGUAUCAAAAUUCUUUGAAGCAAUUUUUGGUGAUCUUCAAUAACUCGAUAACCAAAUCCACGAAAUCCAGCGUCACUGAAGAAAGGAUCAAUAUUAUUCUUAAGUACCUGACGUAUGAAGUUUGGGCCUUUACCAAUCGCAGUUUGUACGAAAGGCAUAAGCAAUUGUUCACCUUGAUGCUGGCUAUCAAAAUUGACUACCACAAAGGGAAUAUAACCCAUGAAGAGUUUAUGGCAUUUAUCAAGGGAGGAGCGUCGUUGGAUUUAAAUGCUGUGGCACCUAAACCCUUCAGAUGGAUUCUAGAUAUAACUUGGUUGAAUUUGGUCGAGAUAAGCAAGCUAGAUACGUUUUUGAAUGUUUUGCAAAUUAUUGAGUCCAGUGAGAAGGAGUGGCGAGCAUGGUAUGAGGCUGAGAAACCUGAAAUGGAAGACAUACCCUGUGGUUAUCAGGCUUCGUUGGAUGGCUUCAGGAAGUUGCUGUUGGUACGUUCAUGGAGUCCAGACAGAACGAUUUCUCAAGCAAAAAAAUACAUUGAAGAAUCCCUCGGUCCUGAGUACAGUGAAAUGCAAAUUCUCGAUUUGGAAGCAACAUGGUUGGAAUCAGAACCACGCACACCCUUCGUUUGUCUGUUAUCCAUCGGUUCCGAUCCAACUACUCAAAUAGGAAUUUUGGCCAAACAGAAGGGAAUUCCACUUAAAUCGGUCUCGAUGGGCCAAGGUCAAGAGUUCCAUGCCCGCAAGAUGAUUCUCGAAGCCAUGUCUACCGGAGGUUGGGUUCUCCUACAAAACGUCCAUCUCUCCUUACCAUUUUGCACAGAAGUGAUUGACUUGUUGGUCGAAUCAGAGCACAUCGAUGACUCCUUUCGGAUGUGGGUAACGACAGAACCACACUCGGAAUUCCCUAUUGGAUUAUUGCAAAUGGCUAUAAAAUUCACAAAUGAACCACCUCAGGGCAUCCGAGCAAGCAUGAAACGAAGCUAUCAGGCAUUUAGUCAAGACUUCCUGGAUUACACUUCUGCCCCACAAUGGCCGCCACUUUUAUAUACAGUUGCUUUCCUGCACACCGUCAUUCAAGAACGUCGUAAAUUCGGUCCUCUCGGUUGGAAUGUACCCUACGAAUUCAAUCAAGCUGAUUUUGCCGCAAGCGUUCAAUUUAUCCAGAAUCACUUGGAUGAAAUGGAUCCAAAGAAGGGUGUAUCUUGGCAAACUGUAUGCUAUAUGCUAGGCGAAGUACAAUAUGGCGGACGGGUUACAGAUGAUUUCGAUAAACGACUUUUGACUACUUUCACGGCUGUGUGGUUUUGUGAGAGUCUACUGACGUCGUCGUUUGAAUUUUACAAAGGCUACCGAGUGCCUGUGACGAAGAGCUUGCAAGGAUUCGUUGACUAUAUAAAUAGUUUGCCAGCAAAUGACACCCCGGAGGUGUUUGGAUUGCAUCCGAAUGCAGAUAUCACGUAUCAGAUAAAUACUGCCAAAGGCAUAUUGGAUACCAUCUUAAGUGUGCAGCCAAAAGAGGGUGGCGGUGGUGGUGGUGAGACUAGAGAAUCUAUCGUCUAUCAAUUAGCUGACGAUAUGCUAAGGAAACUUCCGCCCCAAUACAAUGAGUUCGAAGUACGUGAAAAUCUCAACCGAAUGGGUGCGUUGCUCCCGAUGAACAUAUUUCUUAGACAAGAAAUCGAUCGAAUGCAACGUGUUAUCAAAGAAGUGUUCUCAUGUUUGCGUGAUUUGAAGUUAGCAAUUGAUGGUACAAUUGUUAUGAGUGCUGCCUUGAAAGAGUCACUGGAUGCAAUGUACGACGCAAGGAUUCCCGAACGUUGGAUGAAGAUUUCGUGGGAAUCUACAACCCUUGGGUUUUGGUAUACUGAGCUACUUGAGCGAAACGCACAAUUUCGAACUUGGAUAUCAACAGAUAGACCAAAGGUCUUUUGGAUGACUGGAUUCUUUAAUCCUCAAGGGUUUUUGACUGCCAUGCGACAGGAGGUAACACGAGCGCAUAAAGGAUGGGCCCUUGACUCGGUGGUGUUGCAAAAUCAAACAACUCGCUACAAUAAAGAAGACAUCACUGAAUAUCCUGCCGAAGGAGUUUACGUACAUGGAUUGUUUCUUGAAGGUGCUUCGCUAGAUCGCCGAAGCGGAAAACUAAUUGAAUCAAAACCAAAAGUCCUUUACGAACAAAUGCCAGUAAUAUACAUUUAUGCAAUCAAUACCACUGCAGGAAAGGAUCCGAAGCUUUACGAAUGCCCUAUUUACAGGAAACCGCAACGAACCGAUGCAAAGUAUGUGGGUUCGAUUGAUUUCGAAACGGAUUUUAAUCCAAAACAUUGGACACUGCGUGGUGUUGCAUUGCUAUGCGAUAUAAAGUAGGUUCAAGUUGUGCGGCAAAGGAUUACAAGGAUGACGAUGAUGGUGAUGAAGAUGAGGAGGACGAGAAAUACUCUCAGUGUGGCUGCAUCAUCAUCGUCAGGAACCGUACUUUUGUGGGUCGCUUUUGGGGAGUGGGAUGUGUUUAUUGGCUUCUGUGGAAAAUGCUUUAUUGUGGUUGCGUGUAUGCGAUUUAUACAUCGGUUGGUGCUCCGUUGACUGUGAUGGAUUUUUAUUUUUGGGGGUGAAACAGUUUUGGGAAAUUUUAUGUAUUAAGAAACUAUACUUGUAGAAAAUUAAGAAUAAAGUUGAUGGUAGUGCAGACGCAGA